AAAAAGAAGUUUUUAUAUCCACAACUGAAAUCAUUCCAGAAUCCCUUUUCCAUGAAGUUGACGACUGGAGUGUGCAAGAAGGGCUUGUGACUUUAAAGCCACCAUAUACAAUCCAACGUUACGAACGCGUCAUACCUUAUAAAAACUCUGAAGAAUUCAAAAGUACGGAGCGCAGUGACAAAGAAAAUUGGUAUAUUCUUGACGAAUUAGAAGAAGAGAAGACUUAUGAGACGAGAGUGUCUUAUGCUUCAACAUCGCCUACAAUCUUCGUGUUAAAUAUAAUGGAUUUUAAAGAAGUAAUGAAAAUCAUACGAAAAAAUAACGCGACCGAUGAUGAAAAGACUUCUCAUCCGAAGUUGAGCACUACAAAAAAAUUUCUCCGAGUGAGAGCAAUUUAUGAUGGUGUGUCUAUCCAUCAUGGCAGAGGUUCUAGACCUGUAAUUUACAACGUUG